GGAUGCACCUCCGUCGCCCCCCACCCCCGCAAAACCCAAAAAGAAAUAGAAGAAAAGUAAAAAAGGAAAUUCCGCACUAGACAAAGCUGCGACGCCGCGGCCAUAUUUCCCGCAACCACCAGUCCACCACACUCUCCCUCACUCACUCGCUCAGCCACAACCUCGAAUUACCAAAAUAGCCCCCAAUUCCGCCCGAAUUCCCCACCCUACCGCUCGAUCUGCUACCUCGCUUUCGCCGGAGAGCUAAUCGUACAGUUCAUCAGAAUAGAUGCCGGAAUCUUGCGCCGCCCCGCCGGAGGAGACCGCAGUUAAGUCCCCGCUCGACAAGCCGCUCCACCAGCUCACGGAGGAUGACAUUGCUCAGGUGACUCGCGAAGACUGCCGCCGUUACCUCAAGGAGAAAGGAAUGAGGAGACCUUCGUGGAACAAAUCUCAGGCGAUUCAGCAAGUGAUAAUGCUGAAGACACUCCUCGAAACAACGCCGGAUUCGGACGCUGCUGGUGCGCGCAAGCGGCUUCGCAUUUCGCGCCCUACCGAUAGCAGCAGCAAUGUUGCUCUGGAGAGUGUUCCCAGAUCAACAACUGGUGAUGCGGAGAAUUCUUUAUCCGCAGAGGAAACGACGCCGCAUUCUGUGAAAGAUCUCGACAAACCUGAUUCUUCGGGAGGUUUCUCUAGCCGUUUCGCCGCCGCCAAUGAUGAAUCUGCUCAACCUAGAACCCCAGGGUCGAUGAAUAUGCCUAUAGGCCAAAUGACAAUAUUCUACUGUGGCAAAGUGAAUGUGUAUGAUGAUAUCCCUGCGGAUAAGGUACGAGCGUUAAUGCAUAUUGCUGCAAGUCCUCUACAGUUUCCAGACGAACAGCCAGUUGAUGGUGCUGCAGGAAUGCAACCUUUACCAUGCAUCCCAAAAACUGUCAGCUCUGCUCGUCAGGAUUCAGCUGUUCUUAUCUUGCCAACUCUCCCAACAGUGAAAAUGAAUGAAAGCACCCCACUGCCUGGAGAAGAAAAUAAAAUGCUUCGAGAAGAAACCCCUGUUGAAGGACCGUCAACCAGAAAAGCAUCUGUACUGAGAUACCUUGAGAAGAGAAAAGACAGGUGAAGGUUUAAGAGCAAGGGAAAGGCAGGAAUUACCUCGUGUGCAAGCUUGGAUGUUUAUAUUAACCAUCAAAUGGGUAAUCAACUGCCAAGAAUUGACACUUCGAUAACCCAAAUCAGAAAACCUUCUAACCCUACACGGUGCAGUUCAAUGGAAAAUGAUUCAGUGAAGAAAGUUUGCCUUUCUACUGGUCUGAGUAACAAAGGUGAGAUUAUUACUUUUAGGACCAUUUUAAUUAUAUCUUACUUGGGCUUGUCUCGAAACAUACAUGUUUUCUUGCUGGCCAUAAUCAUUGCCAUAAUGAAUACGUAUGAGUGGCCAAGAUUUGAUUUCCUUAAAACUAAUGAAAAACCUAGUAGAAAAGCAUGAAACCCUUGUGAUAUUCAAUCCAAUUUUCUGUCACCUAAUUAAAUGUUAGAUAAGCUGAUUUAUUUAAUAUUAUAUCCAGUUCUCUCAUCUCUGACAUGUAAGUAAAUGUAUCAUAGCAAAAUGUCUGUAAAGAUCCAGAAUGAUCAUCUCAUUGGAUUACUUUUUAUUAGCAACAUUCUCAUUGGGCAAUUUGUUGGAAGAGUUGAAUUGUGCUGCAGUGAACAUUUGACAAGUUUCGCAUUCUUGACGUGUACUGGAAAGAUUUCUGCUGCAACUUGCUUAUCCCUCAGAAAUUUCUCAGUCUAGAGAACAUCUUUUAUUCACUUCCGACUUCCACCCAAUGCGAAAAACACCUACUGGCUUGUUAUCACGUGGCUGUUCUCUUUAGAUGUUAAAUUUUGCAUAGCUUGCCUCGCCUUCUCGUUUAUGUUCUUUGUUCACGAGUGUGUUGCUACCUUUUCUUUCUUUAUUUUUUCGGGACGGGAAAGAACUAAGAAACUAUAAAGGUGAAGGAGGACUAACUAACUACUACGUUGCAGGUGUAUAGGUGGAGUGCGCGAGCCUUGUUGAAUUUUUGUACCAUGCGAUUAUGUAGGGUCGAAUUCAUUCUUCGUGUUGUCCAAAUUUGGUGGUGGGCGCAACUGUCUCAUCCAUUAUUGUUCCCCCCUUGGUUAAUUGACUAUCUGAUCCCUCUCAUGUAUGCUCUUACCAUCUUGUGUCGAUUAGGUUCAAUCAUCCCCUUUGUUCAAUUGACACUUAAAACAGUAUCUGUCAAAUUCAUGGGAUGUGGACGAUCUUUCAAAAUGGAGUUGUUGACUACCUUUAUCUCUAGUCAAUCCCAUCAUUACUUAUCUUCGACA